AUGGCUGUUGCAGUGAAACAAAAAGCUUUUUCUCAAGAUGUCAUUAAUGACAAUCAAAACUAUAAAGUUCCAGAAUCAAUCUAUGAUAAAUCAUUAUUCCCUAUUUUAAAAGAAUUAAAAGCUGAAGGUAUUACUGAUCCAAAAUCUAUUAAAUUCGAUCCAUCAAAACAUAUUGCUUAUUCUGAUGGAGAUUUUCAAAAAACUAAAAGAUAUACUUUAGAAGAAUUAGGCUUAAAAGAUCAUCAUCAAGAACCAAUUAGUGAAAUUGGUGUUAGUGAACCAUUCCCAUUAUUUACAUUAGAAGCUAUUACAAUUAUGAGAUAUGAAUUAUUCCAAAAAGAUUUAAUUUUAAAAUGUGCAAGAGCUUCAAAUCAAUCAAAUUCUAACGAAGAAUUGAACUUCUCAGUUGGUGAUUUUACAAAAGAUUUGGCUCCAUUCACUAAUCAAGCUUGGACAAAUCCUAGAACUAUGGAAAUUUUAAGUAAAAUGGCUGGUACUGAAGUUUUACCAUUAUUCCCUUCAUUAACAGCAGCAACAAACUUAAGUUUAAGAUCAGAAUCAUCAGCUAAAGUUAGUCAAAGACCUGAAGAUUUUGAUAAUCCAGAUGAAAUUCCAGGUGUUGUUACAUGGCAUUUCGAUUCUCCUCAAUUUGUUUGUGUCUUGAUGUUGAGUGACACUACAAAGAUGAUUGGUGGUGAAACUUCUUUAGUUAAAGGUGAUGGUAAAGUUGCAAAAGUUGCAAAUCCAAAACAAGGUUGGGCUAAUGUUUUACAAGGUAGAGUUGUUAAACAUAUUGCACCAAAACCAGCUGGUGAAUGGACUGAAAGAAUUACUCAAGUUACCGGGUUAAGACCUGUUGAUCCAUUACUUGAUGGUGCUAUUCUUUCAACAAUUAAACCAAGUGCUUAUUCCAAUUCACGUUAUAAUGAAUUUUAUAAAGAUUGGAUGAAUUUAAGAUUAGAUGUUUUAAUUAAAAGAGCUCAAUAUUUAAAAGAUGAUAUUAAUACAUCAAUUGAUAAAGGUGAAAAAUUUGAUCAAAUUAAUGCUAUUAAUUUCAUGAAAAAGAAAUUAGUUGAAUAUAUUGAACAUUCAUGGCAAGAAUUUGAAGUUGUUGAUGAUGGUAUUGUUGAAAAACCAGCUUCUUAUAAUGUUAAACAAAGUAUGUGGUUUUAA